AUGAGACAGCGCCGAGCCAAACUCUACCGCAAGAUGCUGCAGCAGUAUCAGUUGCAGUUCGGCUUUCGUGAGCCGUUCCAACUGCUCAUCGACGACACAUUCGCCCUGGCCCUCACUCGUUACAAGAUCGACAAUCCGGUGCACCAGUUUGGCAACGUUCUACAGACGAAGAAAGUAAAGCCUCUCAUCACGCAGUGCUGCAUGCAAGCGCUCUACGCUCUGGGCAAGGAGCACCAGGCGACCGUGACCGAGGCCAAGGCGUGGGAACGUAGGUUGUGCAACCACCGAGAGGCGAUCGACCCGCAGGAGUGCAUCAAGCAGUGUGUAGGGCCGGAGAACAAGCACAGAUAUGUCGUUGCUAGCGAGCAGGGCGAGCUGAGGCGCGAUCUGAGGUUGGGCGUGCCAGCGGUGCCGAUGAUGCAUUUCACGCAGGCAGUGAUGGUGUUGGAACCUAUGUCGCCAUUGACCAAGAGCAAGAUCGACGAGAAGGAGGAUAUCAAGCUCAGCCUCCCCGCAAGUGAGGCAGGGCUGCUGAAGAAUCAGCCUUCCAUCGAUGUGGAUAUCAUCGGCGGUGGCAGCGCUGCCGAAGGUGCUGAGGACAAGGAGGAAGGCGACGACUCAAAAGCAGCAGAGAGCUUACGAAAGAGGAAACGCAAAGCACCCAACCCGCUUUCCGUCCGUAAGCCCAAGAACCCCCGCUUGACAAUGGAGGACAAGCUCAAACGGGAACAAGAACUCAAAAAGCAGAAACAACGCGAUGCAGCACGCGCCAGACUCGACGCAUCCAAGCUCAAUGACAAGUCCCCCGGCGGUGCCGAAGAUGGAGCUGCGGCUGCCGAGGGGUCGAGGAAGAAGCGCAAGCGUCCGAUGGACAAGAAGCGCACCACUGCAGGCACUGGUGACGCAGAAAUCGUGACCACGACUUCAGCACAUAAGGCAGAGACGGAAUCGGAGCGUAGCAAGACAACAGAGUCGAACGGAGACGCAAACGGCGGGCCGAAGAGGAGAAAGCGACGCACCAAGUCUUCGUCCGCUACGAACGCCACCAACGGUACCGCCGCCACCGAGGCCGCGGUAGCCGAGACCUCAGCAUGA